AUGCACUCUUCUCUCCGCGAACCGUUCUGGGGCGAGGCCACGUCUUAUCUAAAGUAUGAUUAUGUCAUUACACGAUAUGUCGCCGAGUUUAUCAAUACUUGCAUUUUAAUACUUGCAGUCGUCUAUGGAUUAUAUGGUCUGUCCAGACCCUCCCUUAAUGGCCAGACCCGCGCUCGUCUGCUUUCUUACAGUGGAUUGGUUGGCGUGGGCAUUUGUUCUGCCAGCUAUCAUAUGACCUUGAAAUAUCACACCCAAAUCCCGCAGCGUACCAAGCUUGUGGCCGUACUUCUUACCAUCUUAUUUACAGUGGUUAUGGUCACUCAUAUGGUCAUGGACGAGUUCCUGCUUCAUGCAACGACUUUUGGUCUUGCCGUCUAUCUAAUUGCAACUCGAACGCUGAAACGUAUUUCUCAACAAGUGCCGGAUGAUCGCAUUAGGAAGAACUUUCGAAAUAUCGCCCUAUUUGGCUGCUUUAAUUUCGCCUUUGGGUACUUUGUGUGGCUAUUGGAUGACUGGAUAUGCUCACUACUGACUUCGAUGAAGCACUCAGCUGGCCUUCCCCUAGCUUUUUUCCUCGAGCUACAUGGAUGGUGGCACAUUUUUAUUUGUAUCGGGGGCUACUUUGGCGUGGCUCUCGUCGACGCAAUAACAUCCGGCGUAGUCCGUGAGGACCCGAUUCAUCGUCUUGCCUGGCCCGUCCCCUCGGCGAGAUUAUUGUCAAGUGCAAAUGCGUCACCAAAGCAGGAAUAAGUUUGCCCAUCAGAAAGUAAAUUCACUACAACAUUCAUUGAGAA